AUGGUUCGCCCGCGGGGAAGCUCAGCCCUGGGCGUGGACAUCAGAGGCGACACCAGCGCACCAGCAAUGUCAACAAUGAAUGAAGUCAGCCCGAUUGAACCCACAUCCCCGGAUCUAAAGCAAUUCGAUGCUCGCAAUGCAGACAAAUCUGCUGGCAAGGCACAGCCCAAGCGCCGUCGCAGCCGGUCUCUCCUCCACCGCUUCGCUGAUACCUGUCUGCGAUACACCUGGCUUUUGCCGCUGGUCAUUAUGCUGUUCCUGCUCGGCUUGUACGCCGUCAAUCCCACCACAUCGAACCCCAUGCACAGCGCUAUCUUCCUCUCGUACCCGCAGCCCCCGAAGACACCCGGUGGCCCGAUCAUGUACGGAAAGGGAAAGAAAGAUAUCGCUUUCGUGGCCUUCUACACCAUUGUGCUCUCUUUCACGCGCGAGUUCAUCAUGCAGCAGAUGAUUCGUCCGUUCGCUGUUUGGUGUGGUAUCCGUGGAAAGGGAAAGACCGCGCGGUUCAUGGAGCAGAUGUACACAGCCGUCUACUUCGGAGUAUUCGGACCAUUCGGUCUGUUCGUGAUGAAGCGCUCCACCAUCUGGUACUUCAACACGACCGCCAUGUUCGAGGGAUUCCCCCACCGGGAGCACGAGGGCUUCUUCAAAGCUUACUACCUCCUCGAGGCAAGUUACUGGGCCCAGCAGGCGAUCGUGCUGCUCUUGCAGCUCGAGAAGCCCCGCAAGGACUUCAAGGAACUGGUCGGCCACCACAUCAUCACGCUUGCGCUUAUCGGCCUGAGCUACCGCUUCCACUUCACCUACAUGGGUCUUGCCGUCUACAUCACCCACGACAUCUCCGAUUUCUUCCUGGCAACCUCCAAGACACUGAACUACCUUGACGCAUUCAUCACCCCGCCCUACUUCGCCAUGUUCGUCGGCUGGUGGAUCUACCUGCGCCACUUCCUGAACCUGAAGAUCCUCUGGGCUGUCCUGACCGAGUUCCGCACUGUCGGUCCUUUCGAAUUGAACUGGGAGACUCAGCAGUACAAGUGCUGGAUUAGUCAGUAUAUCACGUUCGGUCUGCUCGCCAGUCUCCAGGCUGUCAAUCUCUUCUGGCUCUUCCUCAUCCUCCGCAUCCUGGCCAACUAUAUCUUCACCAGCGUUGCCAAGGACGAGCGUAGCGAUGACGAAGACGAGGAAGAGGAGGAGGUCGAUGCUAAUGAUACGAAGGCUAUCGCCACUGGCUUUGAUCAAUCUGCCAAGGAGAACCACGCUCCUCAGGUUCUCGUUAACGGUGAGCCCGUUGCCGAGCAGCGUGGUCCUCGCACUCGAAGCCGCAAGGCCUGA